AUCCACUGUGCUUUUAUUUUAAAUCAUGAUAGACAGAUUGCGUGAAAAACAAGGAAUUCCAAAGAAUUUCCUGCUCUGGGAAGAGAAGUUAAAUCUAUAUUUAACAACAUUUGAAGCUGUCAAGAAUGCUUUGUGGUUGGAUAACAGGCAGAAAAAUGUUAAAAACGCAGGCUACUGCUAUACCCAAAUAUGGAAAUAUUGUUACGUCUGGUGUCUGAUUCACCAUCUGGAAAUACUUACAACCAUGAAGUCAAAUAGAAAAGACGCCACAACAGAAGCCAGGAACCCUCCUCUCCAUUCUCUUUCUACCAUCUCCCUCUGUUCAACCCGUACUGUUCCUACACCCCUCCUCCCCCCUCCCGCCUCCCAGUCACUUCCUUAAGAAGGAAACAAUAAUGAAAUGAUAAGGCAGGAAAAACAGUGUUUUGUAAAUAAUAAUCGAUGUAUUAACCUGUGUACGUGUUGGGCCCACACUUUCCUCACUGUAUUUGCAUAACACCUGACAAUCCAUUGUCUUGAAAAGUCUCCCACCCCUAACCCUCCAACAGAGCUUUAGAGAUCCCACUCCCUCUAGCAAAUGCUGCUUCCAUUUAUGAAAGGGCACUUUGGAAUGAAUGAAACUGAGCUCCCUGCAAGAGUUCUCUUCACUGGAUUGUGUUUUCAUCCUGACAGCUUCUCAUUGUGCUUAUCAGGAAAGGCAGCAUUAGCACUAAGGGCCUUUUUAAGCAAGACUGCUAAAUUAUGAAGUCUGAACAGCCCUAAACAUUAAAAAGGAUAAGUAGUUAUCCUAGAGCAUAUGAGUCUCACAUGAUAAUUUUUAUUAAAAUUAUGCAAAAAGUUUUUGAAACUUGCAGGGAAAGUUUAUCAAUCACACUAAUGGUAUUGGUGAUGUUCAAGUAAAUUGUCUUGUGGUGGGGUCUUCUACUGAGCGUGUUGCAGGUAGAACAGGAUCUUAAAAUCUGCUGACAUUUUUACUGCAAAAUAUUACAUCCUAAAUCUCUUUUCUGUACUUGGAGAGAAGGGCAUUGCAAUUCAUUUAAAAUGGGAGGCUUCUAGUGGUCCCUAGGAAAGGAGUUAACAACCCCACAAAACGUCCAGCUUGAAGGAGUCUGCUUUUCCCAGAGAUUCAUAGGGCACAAUGGUCCUGGAAUCUGGUUUGGCCUUGCGGUCUUUGCAGGUGAUGAUUUUAGGCCAAAGCACUCCACAGUGGUCCCCUGCACUUCUGGCUGGCUGCUUGGUUAGCAUAGCCUCCUGCCCGCGGAGGGAGGCGGGAAGGGCUUACCCGGUCUCCUGCAUCCGUGAGGAAGUAUAAGUCAGCCUCCCGGAGAACUCCCCGCGUUCGUUUCCUCUUGGACUUCCAACUCAGGCAGUGGGCUGGAACUAAAGUGGGAACCUCCAAAAACAAACAAGUACAACAUACCCAAAAGAGGGAAGGGCUAGAAGAGUGGGGGAGACCUCUGCCUGGCAAUUUGCCAGACGAUGGGGAAGUUUCCCCCCGCCCCCCCGCCUUUUCAUUCAUAAAUGCCACUGUGGGUAUUAAUUUGCAAUUCACUGAACUUUGCUAAUAAACAUCAUGCCAAAGCUUUGGGACUUGUUUCGAACACGCCUCUUUGAAGUCCACAAAUAUUCCUGGCUCAGAGACACACUCCUCUUCCUCGUUCUACUCUUUGAACAGAUAACUUGCCUCUCACCUUCGCUGUAAACAAGCAAACAGCUCACUGCCUUCCCGGGUGAGGGCUUCAGUGGCUGCCCGGUCAACUAGCAUCACAAAACAAAACGACUUUUGUUCCUCCCUCUCAGGUCCUCCCACCCACCCAGUCCAGGCAAAGUUCUGAACUGGCUCCCCUCGCCCCUCACGACCCUCCAACCACCAUCACCACCAUCACGCCCCAAAGAACCCUUCCCAACAUAAGUCGUAAUUUAAGGUGGAAAAAACGAACUGUUUUCUUGACGGGUCUGGGACACACACACACACACACACACACACACACACACACACACACACACACAAAGGUGCAAUGAAGCCAGGGGAGGCGCUUGGCAGCAGCCCGCGCCAACCAGCAUUCCUGAGAUGUUUGAGAAUUCUGGAACGCGCAGACAGAGCCGACGUCACUGCAACACGCGGCGCCUCCGCCGGCCCGUAUAAAAGGCGGGCUCCGGGGCGCCUGGGCAGACCGCGAGCGAGAGCGCCCCCGAGCAGCGCCCGCACCCUCCGCGCCUUCUCCGCCGGGACCUCGAGCGAAAGACGCCCGCCCGCCGCCCAGCCCUCGCCUCCCUGCCCACCGGGCCCACCGCGCCGCUACCCCGACCCCGCUGCGCACCAGCUUGGCGUCUUCGUCGCCGCGCUCGCCCCGGGCUACUCCUGCGCGCCACAAUGAGCUCCCGCAUCGCCAGGGCGCUCGCCUUAGUCGUCACCCUUCUCCACUUGACCAGGCUGGCGCUCUCCACCUGCCCCGCUGCCUGCCACUGCCCCCUGGAGGCGCCCAAGUGCGCGCCGGGAGUCGGGCUGGUCCGGGACGGCUGCGGCUGCUGUAAGGUCUGCGCCAAGCAGCUCAACGAGGACUGCAGCAAAACGCAGCCCUGCGACCACACCAAGGGGCUGGAAUGCAACUUCGGCGCCAGCUCCACCGCUCUGAAGGGGAUCUGCAGAGCUCAGUCAGAGGGCAGACCCUGUGAAUAUAAUUCCAGAAUCUACCAAAACGGCGAAAGUUUCCAGCCCAACUGUAAACAUCAGUGCACAUGUAUUGAUGGCGCCGUGGGCUGCAUUCCUCUGUGUCCCCAAGAACUAUCUCUCCCCAACUUGGGCUGUCCCAACCCUCGGCUGGUCAAAGUUACCGGGCAGUGCUGCGAGGAGUGGGUCUGUGACGAGGAUAGUAUCAAGGACCCCGUGGAGGACCAGGACGACCUCCUUGGCAAGGAGCUGGGAUUCGAUGCCUCCGAGGUGGAGUUGACGAGAAACAAUGAAUUGAUUGCAGUUGGAAAAGGCAGCUCACUGAAGCGGCUCCCUGUUUUUGGAAUGGAGCCUCGCAUCCUAUACAACCCUUUACAAGGCCAGAAAUGUAUUGUUCAAACAACUUCGUGGUCCCAGUGCUCAAAGACCUGUGGAACUGGUAUCUCCACACGAGUUACCAAUGACAACCCUGAGUGCCGCCUUGUGAAAGAAACCCGGAUUUGUGAGGUGCGGCCUUGUGGACAGCCAGUGUACAGCAGCCUGAAAAAGGGCAAGAAAUGCAGCAAGACCAAGAAAUCCCCCGAACCAGUCAGGUUUACUUACGCUGGAUGUUUGAGUGUGAAGAAAUACCGGCCCAAGUACUGCGGUUCCUGCGUGGACGGGCGAUGCUGCACGCCCCAGCUGACCAGGACUGUGAAGAUGCGGUUCCGCUGCGAAGAUGGGGAGACAUUUUCCAAGAACGUCAUGAUGAUCCAGUCCUGCAAAUGCAACUACAACUGCCCGCAUGCCAAUGAAGCAGCGUUUCCCUUCUACAGGCUGUUCAAUGACAUUCACAAAUUUAGGGACUAAAUGCUACCUGGGUUUCCAGGGCACACCUAGACAAACAAGGGAGAAGAGUGUCAGAAUCAGAAUCAUGGAGAAAAUGGGUGGGGGCGGUGUGGGUGAUGGGACUCAUUGUAGAAAGGAAGCCUUGCUCAUUCUUGAGGAGCAUUAAGGUAUUUCAAAACUGCCAAGGGUGCUGGUGCAGAUGGACACUAAUGCAGCCACGAUUGGAGAAUACUUUGCUUCAUAGUAUUGGAGCACAUGUUACUGCUUCAUUUUGAAGCUUGUGGUGUUGAUGACUUUCUGUUUUCUGUUUGUAAAUUAUUUGCUAAGCAUAUUUUCUCUAGGCUUUUUUCCUUUUGGGGUUCUACAGUCGUAAAAGAGAUAAUAAGAUUAGUUGGACAGUUUAAAGCUUUUAUUCAUCCUUUGACAAAAGUAAAUGGGAGGGCAUUCCAUCCCUUCCUGAAGGGGGACACUCCAUGAGUGUCUGUGAGAGGCAGCUAUCUGCACUCUAAACUGCAAACAGAAAUCAGGUGUUUUAAGACUGAAUGUUUUAUUUAUCAAAAUGUAGCUUUUGGGGAGGGAGGGGAAAUGUAAUACUGGAAUAAUUUGUAAAUGAUUUUAAUUUUAUAUUCGGUGAAAAGAUUUUAUUUAUGGAAUUAACCAUUUAAUAAAGAAAUAUUUACCUAAUA